AUGUUUAUGUUCAUACGGGAUAAGAUAUCCCAGAAAAUUCUUAGUUGGUGCCACAGACACCUCUCCUUUGGGGGACGGCUUACCUUGGUGAAGAGCAUUCUGGAAGCAAUCCCGGUUCACAUCUUUCAAGUUCUUGAGCCAACGAAGGGUGUUCUUCGAAUGCUGGAGCAAGUCCUGGCCAGAUAUUUUUGGGGCUCCUGUAAUACAACCAGGGAAACUCAUUGGAUUAAGUGGGCAGAUGCUUGUAGGCCCACAUCAGAAGGGGGCUUGGGAUUGAGGAGUAUGGCAGAUUCUGUGGAAGCCUAUAGCUUCAAACUGUGGUGGAGAUUCCGGGAACAAAAGUCUUUAUGGGCGCAAUAUAUGUAUAAAAAAUACUGGUCAAUCUCUGCCGCCUUAAAUAUUUACAGAUCGAGUAGAUUCAGUCCAGUUUGGAGAAGGAUGUUCGGAGCCGGGAUCAAAUGCCAAAGCUAUAUCAGGUGGAUGUUAGGUUCUGGUAAGAUCAGCUUUUGGGAUGAUACUUGGUUGGAGGAUCAGCCAAUCAGCACCUUUUGUGCAAAAGCUGGGUCUCCUCAGUUUGCAAGAGUUUGGGAGUUAUGGUCAGAUUCUGGAUGGAAGGAAGAUGAUGUUCUGGACCUGAUGGAUGAAUGGGGUGUGCCAGGGGAGGGGAGGGCAGAAUUUGGAGCGUCGUUUGAGAUGGUGGCAAAGGCACACAAAAGAAAUGAAUGUGUUCAUCUUGAUAAGGUCUUCAAAGUGGAAAAUGUCUGUCAAAGGAUUGUUAACUACUUGAGGAACCUGGGGAAAAGGGUGGAGAAGGUUGUAUGGAAGCCCCCCGACUUAUCUUGGGUUAAACUCAAUUCUGAUGGUACUUUCGAGGAGGCAUCAGGUAGAGCAGGGGGGGGAGGGAGUGUGAGGGAUCACCCGGGGGAACCUAUUGAGGCUUCAGGCUCUGGGUUCGAAGCGGAACUUAAAGCUCUUCUUGAAGGCGUGAUAAUCGCCAAGUCACACAGCAACAAUAUGUGGUUGGAGACAGAUGUGGAAAGAAUCAGUCUGAUGCUGGGGAAGAGACAGUUGGGCCCGGCUGAUACAAGACAUAUUAUGGCGAGGAUUGAGAUGGAGCUUAGAGGAGUUCAAUGGAGGAUAUCCCACAUCCGAAGAGAAGGCAAUAAGGUAGCAGAUUUCCUGGCUUUAAAAGGGAAGGAGGCUCGGAUGCUGGAGAGGUUUGAGGGGAGCGCAAUCCUGUGCGGGCAAGAGCCUUGGCUAGGCUGGAUCAGCUGGGUAUGCCCAGCUUUAGUUUUUGAGAUUUGUCAGCCUUUUGUCUUGUGUUUUUCCCGCUUUGUUUGA